UGUUGGGUUGAAGCACCGGUCGAGCGCGGUCCUGCACAUGCUCGGGUAUUGAACCAGUUGGCACUGGGUGCAUGAAAGGAAUCUCCUCGUUAGUUAAAUAAGUGCCUACGGAAAUGGAAACAUGAAAUCGGGCUCUGAACGAGCUGGGAGGACAGAAACGCUGCGUAAGUGAGACAGCACGCCUCCAACGACGAGGGACUGGUGCGCUUUGGCACCAAACUUCACUGGCGAGCUGAGCAUCGAUUCGGGACAAAGGAUCGGCACACUGUGAGGCUGAGCGCGCUUCUAUUGACUUUUUACUAUAAUGUAAAUGUAUAUUAAUUGACUUGAGAUCCAGAAUAAGGUGCGGCAAGCGCUCGUGUUGUGCUCAGUUUGCUCCCCCCAACCGAACCAAUGCUGGAAUGGCUUGUGGCUCUGUGCAUUGUGAUCCUGGUGGUCUUAAUCUGGCCGGGCUCCAAAUAUUUUGGCACCGAGAGCCAGUGGGAUACUUUGCUUCAGGGACUGGGGAUUUCACACCCGGCAACGAAGGAUAAAACCGGGAGGUGCGCCUCAGAGCGAGAGGGGAGCGAUGGUGCCCAGACGGCCUGUGCGGGUGGCAGGACCGAUGGGAAAGCACGCACCGUGGCUCUAAUCUGCAAACCGUCCGCGCUGGCCAACUAUCUCCUCAAACACUGCAGGACUUUCAGUAAUUACUCCCCGUGUGUCGGGUGGACGUGGCGAGCCAGCGCGUUGCUCCAGAGCGUGUACGAGGCGUGCUGGCCGUACGACAGCCCGGUGCAGUUUGUGCGGGACAACCUGCAGCUCAGUGAUGAUGGGCUGGUGGCCUUGGACUGGGCAGUGCCAUCCUACCAGAAGCGACGGCGGACCUCGAGUCACUCCACCAGUCCUGUCCUGCUCAUCAUCCCAAACUCUUUUGGGAAGAUCACCAGGAAUGUGUUAAAGUUAUGUGAAACGGCACUGUCCCAUGGCUACCUUCCGGCAGUUUUCAACCGCCGCAGCCACAAAGGCACCCCGCUCACCACCCUCAAGCUGCAGCAGUUCGGUGACCCUGCGGACCUGCGCGAGGCUGUGCGCUACAUCCGCCAUCGACAGCCUGCAGGAAGACUGUAUGCAGUGAGCGAGAGCACCGGGUCGGGCCUUCUCCUCUCUUACCUGGGGGAGUGUGGAUCAUCCAGCUAUGUGACGGCAGCCGUCUGCCUGUCGCCCGUGUUCCGCUGUCAGAGCUGGUUUGAGAACGGGCUGUACUGGCCCCUGCAGUGGGCGCUGGUGCUCUACCAGAAGAUAUGUCUCAGCAGGUACAAGACGGUGCUGGGUGAGACCAUACAGACAGACACCCUGUUUUCUAGCUGUUCCUUGCGGGGCCUGGAAGAGGCAUUAUUUUGUCAGACUGGACAAGUGGGCUCCACACCAGCAGCACCAGCAGGGACCAGCAUUAGCUGCAAUACUUCAGGCACCUGGGAUGCUUACUGGGAACGCAACGAACCCUUGAGAGAUGUGGAUGAAGUUGCUAUUCCUGUCUUGAGCGUGUGUGCUCAGGAUGACCCAGUCCGUGGUGACGCCCAAUCCACGGUGCCCUUGGAACUCUUUGAGACAAACCCACAUUUUUUCCUCCUCCUAACUGAACGUGGAAGUCACUGUGGUUUCUCCACCCAGUUCGAGGGCAGUGCUGGUGGUGCAGUCGGUGCAGUCGGUUCUGCAGCUGCACCAAACAGUGGGAUGGAGAGCCGUCGGACCAACUGGAGCCACAGAGCUCUGCUGGAAUUCUUCAGGGCGACCACAGACUUCUUCGCUGCAGAGGAGAGGGCGAAGCAGCUCGCUGCAAGGAGGAGGGGGCUGGGAGGAGGCGCGGGAGGGAGGGUUUUCCGCCACCGCAGUGUCAGUACAUGUAAACGAGUGCCAGUGUGUUCCCAUAAUAUCCACGCCAUUUAUAACUGGCAGAGGUCCUAUACACGAUGAGGAAGCUUAAUGGAAGUUAAUGGACUACACGGAUGCUUUCUGAUAUUGUUUAGAUUUUGGAGGUCGUUCUCCGUCUGUGCCACACUCAGUUUGGAAAUGUUAAGAUAUCCACAACUAGCAGAGUGCAAGGACUGAGCUCAUGGAGUACGCUUAAGUGUGUGUUGUUCUCACAUUCUUAACGUGAGCCAGAAAACACUCGGACAGAAAAGGGAUCACGACAGGCCAAAAGCUUGCAUGCAGUUGUUCUGCUUAACUGCUGAUCAGUUGACACUAAACAAGACGGGUGGCUUUUUUAUUUUUCUACAGACUGAUGCAAAUCUCUUCACUGCCAGCUGUUAAAACUAAAAGAUUCUGUCACACAUAGUACAUUCGUUGAUCCAUCAAUCCAUCUGCCUCACCUUACACAGUUUACACAAGAUAUUUGUAAUGUUGACACUUACUGUAGUGACUUACUGUUCUCCUAUUAUCACUGAAAGGAUAUUUAUUGCGGAGCAAAAAUCUUGACAGUCUUGUGCAUAAAGUAGAAAGGGGAAAAAAAUCCUGCGAUAAUCUGAAAUUACUCUGAACUACAUGUCAAAUGAGUUUAAUGAACUCAUCCAGGGUUACUGUACACAUUAAAGAGAGUUUACUGUGUAUAUCAUUAAACUUUCGUCUUCUGUAUUGGGAAGUGUUCUGUGAUGGAAUUUUUGUGUAAUUGAGGAAAAUCUGUGUCAUGAUAUUUUAACGAGCUGGGGGACUGGAAGCACUUUGUGAGUUUUCCUAUCUCAUCAUUUAAACGCUGCGCUCCAAGGUUUCCCCUGGCCGCUCAGGAUAUGAAAGUGGUGAAGCUGUGAGGGUGGCUGGUUUCGCACGAAGGUGGAGCGUUCAAGACUUAGCAGCGUAAUGUUGAGUGAAUUUUUUUCUCAGGUCCCUUGAAAUUGUGUUAUUUGGAUUUAUUCUUGUACAAUAAAGCUAGUGUUGGUAACUUU